GGCGGAUGGGAGAGACUGUUGGAGUGAACAAAAUAACGAAAAAUAAAUAACGAAACGCGAGUUUAGUGACGACGUGGGCCGCGGAUUUGAUAACGUGUGUAGUUCAUCGUCGCACGAAGAAGAAGGCUCUUUCUAGGGUGCUUUAUUUUUGUACUACAUCAUCGCGACCCACGACGCGGGAGGUGGCCACCGCCGACGUCGUCGUCGAGACAGAAGGGGCAGAGCAGCCGUCUCCUUUGCCGUGCUAUGGUAGGCGCCGCACACGGCACGAACGGUACUCUACAAUAUUUUGUUUUCGCGGUUGCAACGUGCGCAGUUACGGCAAGGUGUGCGCAGUUACAGAUAAGUGCAAAGCCCGCCCCUCCCCGUGUGCAUUCCAGCAACAGUCAGCAUCCGCCGUCGCGCCGUAUCUCGGCGCCGUUCCGUGGAUGCCAAUUGCGUCAGACGACGUGUGACACGGUGCGUGUGUGUAUAUGACGUAGUAGGUGCGAGUGGGCUGGUAACUAGGUUACCCGUUUCCCCCCCUUUCGAGCACAGUCAUCGCGCGCACGAAAUGAGUUAGUGAUCCGUGACUCUAGCAACCAUGAUAUCACACCGUUCGCCAGGCGGCGGUACCACGCAUUGAAAGUUCAUUCAGCGAAAGGUGUUGUACUCUCGCAUCGCAGCUCCCGGCCCCCCACAGCCUGCCGAGCGGAUUGUUUGUGCGCCCGCGCGCCCCUCAUCUUCAGUGGGAGGAGGUGCGAAGAAGGAGGUGGGUAGUGCUGGGUAGGGCGUCACACGGGGCGAGACACGAGUUGGAGAGCGCGUAAACGUAAACAAUCAUCGUCGUCCGACGACGAGUUAAUCGACGGCUCACUUCCUCAGUUUAUGUUCUCGGUUGGUGAAGUGACAAAGUGUACUAUCGGGUGUGUGUUCGUGAAGAUCGUUCUAGGCAUCUGAAGCUGAAAAAAGCGAAGGCUGCUUCAAAAUAACUUCAGCAACGGCAGCAGACUGAAUCACAACAUCAGCAACUCAACCCGCGGUUAUUGUACAACGCAGUCUGGCACAGACACACCUGCGUGCGUGCGUGCAAGCGGAUGAUUGCUUUUAAUUUAACAUCAACUAGAAAGCGUUCGAGGCGAACAACGAAACGGCGAUAGAACGGAAAGGAGAAACAUGGCUGACCAGAACGAGAAAAUUCUUCACCGCCUGCUACAACUCGAUGGCAACAACGUUUGCGCGGAUUGCGAUGCGAAAAAUCCCGAAUGGGCCUCGUACAAUAUCGGAAUCUUUCUGUGCACACGAUGCUGUGCCGUACACCGGAGUAUGGGGGCGCACAUAUCGAAGGUGAAGCACCUAAAGCUAGACAAAUGGGAGGACAGCCAGAUCGAGCGGAUGAUCGAUAUGGGCAACAAAAACUCGAAACUAAAGUAUGAGCAACGUGUACCGGCAUGCUAUCGAAGGCCACGGGAAAACGAUCCACAAGUUCUGAUCGAACAGUGGAUACGGGCCAAGUACGAGCGGUUAGAGUUCUGUAUGAUCGAACGGCCGAGCUACACGUCCGGACGGAUGGAAGGAUUUCUGUUGAAGCGUGGCAAAGAGGAUAGCCGCUAUCAGCCGCGAAAGUUCGUCCUGUCCGGGGUUCACGAUACGCUUCGAUACUACGUGAAGGAGAAGCGUGAACCGAAAGCCACCCUGAGAAUCUCGGAGCUGAACGUGGUUUAUGCGCCCGCCAAGCUAGGAAAUCCCAACUCGCUGCAGCUUACGUUUAUGCGUGAUGGUAGCACGCGGCACAUCUACGUCUAUCACGAUGACCCGGAGGUCAUUAACAAUUGGUACAUGGCGAUACGGUGCGCCAAGCUGCAUCGUUUGCAGGUCGCCUUCCCCAGCGCCCUCGAGAGCGAUCUGGUUGACAUGCUGACGCACGAUUUUGCCCGCGAAGGCUGGCUGCUAAAGACCGGUCCACGAUCUACCGAUAGCUACAAGCGGCGCUGGUUUACGCUCGACGAUCGUAAGCUCAUGUACCAUGAUGAUCAGCUGGAUGCGCACCCGAAAGGGGAAAUCUUUCUCGGUAACCAGCUGGAUGGAUACAGCGUGCGUAUUGGGGCACCGAUCGGGGCCAAGGAUCAGGGCUUUAGCUUUACGCUGUUCACACCCGAAAGAACCUACAACAUGUCGUCGCACAGCGAACAGGAUCGCGACGAGUGGAUAGCUGCAAUACAGAGGGUGCUCGAGAGGCCGCUCAGCCCCCAGGAUAGUUCCAUUUCUGCUCGACUCAUAAGAAAACGUGGCAAUCACCCAAAGAGCAUUUUUACGGGACGGUAAUAGUGCCUGACCAGUGGCAGGUAUCGAUCGCAGCUGCAGGACAGCGUCGAGCAGAGAGCUCCGCCCGACACAAAGACAGUGCAUCGAGUGCAGUGACGGAGACGAUCGGGGUUUGAGCAAUAUAACGGGAGCAACGACUUCCAUCUAACCUAUACCUGCGUUCCGUUGAGGAAUGCGCGAUGUAAUCAUUAUCAUCAUCUUCCUCAUCAUCAUCAUCAUCAUCAUCCUCAUCAUUAGCGAGAUAUGAUUUAUUUGAUAAUUAUUUUUCCUACAAAGUAGUCACACUCCUAUGUAUUAGUAACAUUCUCGCUGUCCUUGUCACCCCCUUUCUGGGUUUGCACUGUGUGCCAGCAAGUGGCACAAACGCUGUUGCACCAAGCAUACGGGCCAAGUAUGCGAAACCAACAGACACAAUAGAUUCUAGACGCUAAGGUUUAUGCGCAAAAUGAGAGAUUAGUCAAGAUAGCUUUUAGUUGUAAGUUUGUGUAAUUGGACAAACACUCGGAUCGGAUUAGAGAGAUUUAUUUAUUGACACAGAAAGCCACACUUUUAUGUCACAAAUUAUGCGCCGCGGAACGAAAGGAGAACGGAAAUGAAGAAGACAAACCGUGCUCACAUUGAUUCGGAAUGUUUCAAAAAGAGCCACACCCUAGCCUAGCUAUUUAGAUAGACACAAUCUGCUCAAAACCUCCUUUGCCACUGAUCUGUGGGACGGCAGCGGAUGUUAAUUGACUCAAAAAGAAAAAAAAAGAAAGAACAGGUUCACAAAUCACAUGUUUCGUUCCUAAACUCUAACGGGUGCAAAACAAACCUUGCAAAUGUAACAAUGAAACGAAUACUGCCACUGAGUGCAAGUGAUCGAACGUAUUCGUGCAUACCUCUUUAUGCCAGCGAGAUGAGAGAUGAUUUACCACAGGAUCACGGCGUGUAUGGAGUGUGAGCUUUCUUUUUUUUUUUGAUGUGUAUGUGUGCGCGUGUGUGAUUGUGUAUGUGUGCCGAAGGGUGUGAUGAAAGAGGAAACAUUAACGACUACAUAAAUCUGCCAAAAAUAGCUAAUUUAGAUAUAGCUCCGGGAUAACGGAAGAGGCGAAUUUAGUUGUGGGGGUAAUUUGUGCGAAUUACGAAAUAGCACCGAAAUUCGUGUAAAGUGAAGAAGAAUAAAAAAAGCGGAAGAUUA